AUGACAGAGGGCGCACACACCCUGGCAGGUCCACCGCAAGUGCAGGAGGGCCACCACUGGAGGCGAGAGGCUGACAUCGGGUAUGACACUGACAUGCUGUAUGAGCCCACAAACACACCUGCGAUGGCCCGCACAUCCAAUCUGAAUGAAGAAUUAGGCCAGGUGAAGUACAUUUUCUCUGACAAGACGGGUACGUUGACCUGCAACGUGAUGCAGUUUAAGAAGUGCACCAUCGCUGGUGUGGCCUAUGGGCACAGCACACACUCAUCAGAAGAGGCUGGAUUUAAUGACCCGAGUUUACUGGAAAACCUCCAAAGUAAUCACCCCACAGCUGCUGUUAUCCUGGAGUUCAUGACCAUGAUGGCCAUCUGUCACACAGCAGUCCCAGAGUGCACGAACGGAAAAAUCACCUACCAAGCUGCAUCUCCAGAUGAAGGAGCUCUGGUGAGAGCAGCUCGAAACCUUGGCUUUGUAUUUUCUGGCCGAACUCCAGACAGCGUGAUUGUGGAAAUGCUCGAAACGGAGGAAAAGUACGAACUACUUCAUGUGCUGGAGUUCACAAGUGCGAGGAAGAGGAUGUCGGUCAUCAUGCGCACUCCAUCUGGGAAAAUCCGCCUCUACUGCAAAGGAGCUGACACAGUGAUCUACGACCGUCUGGCAGACAGCUCGAGGUACAAAGAGAUCACAUUAAAGCACUUGGAGCAGUUUGCUACUGAGGGGCUGCGUACUCUGUGCUUUGCGGUGGCAGACAUCAGCGAGUCGUCCUUUCAGCACUGGCAGGAGAUCCACCACAGAGCCAGCACCUCCCUUCAGAACCGAACCCUGAAACUGGAGGAAAGCUACGAACUGAUAGAAAAGAACCUGCAGCUCCUCGGGGCCACGGCGAUCGAGGACAAGCUCCAAGAUAAGGUGCCUGAAACCAUCGAGACUCUAAUGAAGGCUGACAUUAAGAUCUGGAUCCUAACUGGAGACAAACAGGAAACAGCCAUCAAUAUUGGACAUUCCUGCAAACUCCUAACAAAGAACAUGGGCAUGCUUGUGAUCAAUGAAGAUAGUCUGGAU